AUGCUCUAUACGAAACCUGCUUCUAAAGCAGUAUAUCUGUGGUACAUAUUCGAUGUGACUAGUCUAUCCAUGGUAAAUGUUGCCUGUCUACAACUCAUACAAAUGCUGUUGGCAUCUCAUUAUCAUGUACCUACUGAAGAGGUUCGAGAAAAACUUGUAGUCGUGACCACAUUUGCCAGUGUUCUUCAAUAUCUAGCGGCUACUUUCGUUGUUCCGGUCUAUUCUCUUGUUAUAAAACGGUUUUCGCCAUGGUUUACCGUUUUAUUUACUUGGCUAGGAGAAGAGUAUAUGCUAAUUUCGUCAAUUCUUGCUCUCUUGUACUUCAAAAAUGCUUCCCAGAUUGUCCAUAUCAUUGUUUACUCAAUCUCUUUAAUGCAAGGGCUGUCAGGAGCUGGCCCUUCUAUUCGUGCCAGUUGGAAAGCUAUUGCUCAUGCCUCAUAUAUUGAUGAGCCGUUUGUCCUUUUCGUUACUUCUAUUCCAAUGUUUUCUUUUUUCUUGGGUCCUUUCUUCGCGAGUUUUUUGCUCUCUCAUAUAUCCCUCUUUCAGUUAUACAUUCUGGCCUGGCUAUUACAUUUUGUUAGCGGCGUUACCUUUUCAUUAGCUUUUUAUCAUUCCCCCUCUUUUCCUUCUUUGUCUUUAGAAACGCAGCCUCUCUUUGCUACCUUUGAGGCCCUUGAAGAAGUAAAUUGUCCUGGUUCGUUUCCCUCCGACGAUGAAAAUCAGAGACAUAAUUUCAAUCUUCACCUAAUUUCUAAUGUAUACAAGAAUUAUACUAAGAAUAUAAAAAAUGUACUAUUUAACUCGUACUUUUUCCAACUGACACUUACUUGUCGCUUGCUGUUAUUGUCCUUCGUUUUUUACAUGCCUUCUGCCGUUUUUUUCGAUUAUUAUGUUCAAUAUUUGCUUAAUGUUAUCAAAUUUUCCUUGGAAAAAGUUACCUUUAUCAGUUCUAUUCAAACGUUUGGCACGUUGCUAACUUGCUCUGUCUUGACAUAUCUGUCUGCUUUUGAUGAUUUGACGACAAAAGAUUUCCAUUAUAUCUUAUUUGGAGGUACGCUUAUCCUUUCAGCAUUGACUAUGGCCUAUUACUGGGCUCUAGAACCUUUCAUUCCCUUCCUAGCGUUUUUGCAUGGAAUGUCUCGUUCAAUGGAGCCAGUUUUUCAUUCCCUGCUAACCAUCUACGCUCCUCUUGAAUCUUUGCAUGAUUAUUGGAGGCUUUCUGCCAUACUAGAAGCCUUCUCUACUUGCUUUUCCUACAUUUGUUUAGCGUAUUGCUAUCUACAAGGCACAGAAAAGAAACAUUUCCUGUUUUUCCUUGGCCCCGCUUUUCUUGCCUUAAUUUCUUGUUUUAGCUCUCUUCUGUUUCAUAAGUAUUCGUCUUAG